AGGUUGACUUGCGUUACGUAACACAUUCCGGUCUUGUCUCGCUGAAACUGACACCACACGAGCAACAGUCACCAUGUUGGAGCUGAUGCAAGAUGAGGUGUUCAAGGCUUUCAGCACCUACGCACUUAUCGUCAUCCUGAAGAUGAUGCUUAUGUCACCUUUGACUACUUUUUACCGCUUCAGGAAAGGGUCUUUUGCCACGGAGGAGGAUGUGGCCUUUAAGCCUGCGGAAGAGAGAAAGAAACUGCUGAGAACCCACCCAGAUGUCGAGCGAGUUCGUAGGUGUCACCUGAAUGACUUGGAAAACGUUCUUCCCUUCGUGCUGGUCGGCUUGUUCUACGCCCUGAGUGGACCGGAACUCCCGGCCGCCUUGCUUCAUUUCCGGAUCUUUGCCGGUUCUCGGAUCUUCCACACCAUCUCCUACGUCGGGGCUUUUCCUCAGCCCUGCAGGGCUCUGUCCUUUCUCGUGGGCUUGGCAGCCACCAUUUCCAUGGCCUACAACACCUUCAGUCAGGUUUUCGUGAUCUGAUGACGAGAGCCGCUGCACCGUGACCAUUUUCUGCAUUUGAAAGAUCAAACUGAAAUUCUGCCUGAGAAAAUUGUCGUUUUAAGUGUUUUCAUGCUGGCCAUUUGUUUGUUCAUUCAUUCGGCCUGUUCAAAUAUUCACUUCAAUAAUUUGGCAACUAUUUUUGGGUCUAAUAAAAGUUUUUUAACAAAUUUAAAGAGGGAAUUGCAUCAGUAAUUCCAGAAGCCCUUCCAAAAAAAGAGUUUUGUCAACUGGCCCACAGACAUUCAGAAUUUGACUCGGGGGCUGGUCCAUUGCCACCAAGCGGGUCUUCUCACUGCCACCGAGUCGGAGUUUUAUGUUCUGGUCUGUUUCUGAAGAGACCACCCCAUGGUUGAUUCAGGAUCGUCUUCUGCCAGAUCUGGAAUCUCAAAAUCGAGUCUGAUGUUAUGUUCUUAACAGUACUUUGAUCAUUGGCAAUAAAGGGACCUGUCUGGGCGCCUCCUGCUGCAUUCCACAACUGGUGGAAGAAGGCCUUCCAGGCAAUCGUGUCGAUCUGAUCUUUGGACAGGUCUUUGCUUUUCAUGCCUGUGUGGUGAGGAACAAAAAAAAAAAAAAAAAAAAAACAAAGAAAAAAAAAAAGUCAUUGAGUUACGAAAUGCACAUUUCCCACUGUUGAGCGGUAUUUACCGCAGCGUCUUAAAAGUAAAUUACGCUUUACAACUGCAGGGGGAGCCGGGGAGCUAUCGAUUGUACUUUAAUGCUACUUAUAAAGCAAAAGUCCGUCAGGAGAAUAUUACAAGCAGUGGAAGAAAUGCGAUCCGGGUCUGGUUGUUGACUGUUGUUUUGCUUGAUAGAGUUUUUUUAUUUUUUUUAUUUUCUUAGACCUACUGUUUUGUUAAAUUUGGAAAAAUGGAUUUGGUGAAAUUAAAUACAACAAUGACGCUCUGCCUGACUCGGUGCUGGAUGGUCUGGUCACGUUCUUCGCAUCAAGUACAUUAUUCAUCCUCUGGAGACCAUGAUGAAGCACAAAGACAGACUCCCAUUAAGUUGCUCCAACUAUUUUUAUGUAUAUCACCAUUCGUUAUUUUUAGGUCUCGGAUCCCUGCGCACACUUGAG